GAGUCAUAAACGCAACAAUCCAAUGGGAAGUCCAUCAGUCACUAACACAGUAUUAACAUCGCAAAAACCAGCGGAAUUACAAGAGUUGUACUGCCGCUAUUCUUGUCUACAAUGAGAGAACUUCACUUUAAGGAUUACUUUUGGAACGGGGAGCUGACCAGUACCGGGGGUUAUGACUGUGUCAUCCAGCAUCUCAACGAUGGUAAGAGGACAUGCAAGGAGAUAGAAGACUUCAUGAAAGCCAGAGCAUCCAUAGAGGAGAAGUAUGCCAAAGAGCUACUGGGUCUCUCCAAAAAGGUGUGUGGGCACAAUGAGAUGAACACACUGAAGAGAUCGCUGGACAUGUUCAAACUGCAAACUGAACAUGUGAGUUUAUCACACCUACAACUGGCACAAACAAUGCGGGACGAGGCAAAAAAACUGGAGGACUUCAGGGAGAGACAGAAAGAAGCAAGAAAAAAGGUAGAACAACAGAUGGAUGCCCUACACAAACAGAGGGCCACGCAGUUCAAGAAAACCAUGGAGUCAAAGAAGACAUAUGAGCAGAAGUGUCGCGACAAAGAGGAAGCAGAACAGAACAUGAACCGAAACACCAGCACCAGCAAUGUCAAGCAGCAGGAAAAGCUAUUGGCAAAAACACAGCAAGCAAAGCAGAAUGCAGAAGAAGCUGACAGGCUAUACUUGCACAACGUGUCUGUGCUGGGAAAAACCAGGGAGGACUGGCAGAAAGAACACGUUAAAGCAUGUGAGGUAUUUGAGAAGCAGGAAGUGGAGAGGAUCAAUACUCUAAGGAACAUGGUGUGGACUCACCUCAACCAGCUCUCCCAGCAGUGUGUCACCAGCGAUGAGCUUCAUGAGGAAGUGAGGAAGUCUCUUGAACAGUGUGACAUACAGGAGGAUAUAGAACACUUUGUGAACCUCAGACGGACUGGGGACAAACCGCCUGCUCCUGUUCUGUAUGAGAACUUCUACAGCGGUCAGAGGGUCCCCGUAGGACCACCAUUCUCCCGAACGGCUCCUCCUAUCACCAGGAGAGGACCAUUGCCCAAUCCAAACAAUACCGAAGGUGAUGUGAUCUACUCAACUGUAGAUCCAGGCUACAGUGCUCUACAAUACUAGAACAUAUAUUCAGUGAUGGCUGAGUGGGGAUUCCUUCAUUGAUGGAUAUAAAGAGUGGACUCGGUGCCUUCGUGGUCAUUCAACAGUGACACCUGACAAACCAACUACCAAAAUAUCAGCAAUGCUGACGUUAGUAGAGCAUGUUUGAUUGUGUCACCAUUGUGGUUUUAUAGCUGUGUUAUAAACAGUAAGAUGAUGUGUCAUAGCUCAAUAUAUGUAAAUAGAUUCCAGAAUGUAUGAAUAUACUUAGUUUUCUACAGUCUAAACCAGGAAAUAUAAUUAAAGCAAAAAUAAAAGUAAUCACUUUAUAAGUUAUUAACAUUUGGGACAGCAGACAUUCCAAAGCAUUUUGCAACUUUUCAAUAUAAGAGGGUUACUUUUAUUUGUUGAUUAAUAACAUGAAUUUUACAACAAUACAGGUACAUGAUCUAAACGUUUUAAAGUUGUGUGAUAAAGGCAAAAUAACUUUAAUAAUUUAAAUAUUUGUUGUUGAACAAUAAAUAUGUUUGUCAGUCACUUAAUUAACACAUUAUUCUGUAUCUUUGUAGAACCUAUUUGUUUCCUGUUGUGGUCGAUAAUAAUCUGAUUGGUCUGUACUUGAACACUACAUUGUGUUACUCAGGCUAGUUUCUGGUUGAUGAUUGCACACAGAUCUUGAUAAGAAAAUUGAAUAAAGGGCAGUUUAAGGUUGUAUUAAGC